AUGGAAGAUAUUGUAUUAGAUGAUAAAGAAAAUAAAAAUAAACAGAAAUUUGUUAAUACUAUUAAAAAUGAAAGAAAAAUUCAGCCAAAAUCUUCCUUUUCUUGUCCUCUCUCAAUGAUUGAAUUUUUGUUAUAUACUCGAGAUUUUACAUUAGCUGCAGCCUGCGGAGUAAUUUCUGCUAAUUUCAAUUUGUAUAUUGGAAAUUAUUUAACUUUUGUUGUCACAAGCAAAAUCUCACCUAAUCCAAAAACUACAUUAUUUUCUUGUGUUCUAGAUUUACUUAUUCUUGGUUGUUUACUUCCUCAACUUUCUUUUUUACUUUUUAUUUCUUUAAGUAAUUCAACAAAAAAUUCAAAUAAUUUUGAAUUUAGAAAAGCUUUGGCAAUUUUAAUUAAAGAUAUAAUAUUCUUUUUGUCAAGUAUUGCUAUUGGGUUUUAUCGUUCUACAAUACUUACUGCCCCUAUAUUAAUUACUCCAAUUUUGGUUUUUAUAUGGACUUUUAUAAGCAUUAAAGUUCAAAGUCUCGAAAAAAUCAUGUCCAAAUCAUCAUCUCUCCGAUACUUCAGACUUUCUGGCCAUUUAUUGCUUUUCUUUAUGAAUAUAAGCCUUGGAGGGCUUUUUGGCACAAAAUUAGUAGAUUUACAUUUAUUAAAAUAUCCGGGUGAUAUUUUUACAAUUGUUAUUGGAAUUGGUACAAGUUCUAUACAAUUAGCCAAUGCCUACAUUAAUUUUAUCCCAUUUUUUAACAAAAAAUUUAUAAAAACUGAAAGUACACAAAAAAUUUUAAAAAAUGAUUUGGUGGAAAAUAAUUUAAAUAAAAAAUGUGUAGUUUUUACGGUUAAUGAAAAUUUAGAAGACAGCAAUAAUAUUGAAGAAAAGCCUAAAUUUUUAAAUAAUAUAAUUAUUUGGCUACGUUCACAAUUAUUAUUAAUAAAUAACUGGCCUAUUUGUUUUAUUUUUGGAUUGAUUGCUUGUUUAAUACAUGCAUUCGGAUAUCCCGUUUUUACUCGCGACACAGGGCUUUUCUUUAGCGUUUUUGAGGAUUUUAUGGAUAUUUCAACAAAUUUAUUUAAAAAAGUAAAAUGGAUUUGUUUUGUAUAUGGAACUAUGGGAAUAAUUGUUUUUGUAUCCACAACAAUUUGGGUAAGAGAUUUUAUUGAGAAAAUUAUUGAAAGACUUGUACUCGUUAAUGAAUAUUGAAGAAAUAAAAUUAUUUGAAAACCUCCCCCUCCCCCAUCCUAACAAAUCAAAAAAUUGAAAACGAUCAGUCGGGGAUGAGAUG